AAUGUUAAUCUUUUUAGCGCGUCUCAGAAAAUUAUCACAUUCAAAAUUAAAUGGCAUGUUAUCAGUUGACACUAACCAAAUUAGAUCUCUAUUUAAUGACAUCAAUUUGCUAUUGAUUGUUGGUUAUACGGAAUAAGAGUCAAUAGAGGAGAGUGUCAGCAUCAUCAUGGGAUUGAGUGUGGCUACGAUCGUUCAAGAUCCAGCCCUUAAGAACUGGAUUAAAUGGGUAGUCAUCUUUUUAGCUGCCAAAAUCCCCAAACCAUUGUUAUGGUCAAGUUUCUUAGCAUUGCAUCCAAAGAUCCGUCAACAAUUGUUUCAACCCCUGGUACGGAAUCGAUUGAUCAAGUAUUAUGAUUCUAUUAGGGUGGAUAGAAGAUUAAGGAAGACAUCUAAUCUUGUUAGUUGUAUACUUCUUUAUCUUGCCUCAUCUAGUAAUACAAAGAUCCCUAAUGAUUAUUUACUGAUUUAUCUUUGGAUCAAUUAUUAUGGUAACUUAAAUCCUCCUUCUGCUAAGAAUAUAGUGAUAUCACCUCAAUAUUCAAAGUAUUUGAAACUUGAUUACUAUAAAAGUAAGACAUUAACUAAAUUAUAUGAUAAUAAAGAGUAUAUAAUAUAUCCUUUAAUCUUUGGUCAAAUCUUAUCUAAUUAUCUAACUCCUACUAAAUUCAAAUUAAAUCAAAGGUACUUGUCUAGUUCUAUCAAAUCAAGAAUUUUAAAUCCUAUAUGGAUCAAUUAUUCCUUAGGAGUUGGAUCUCAAUAUCUUGAUUGGGUAGGACUUUUAAAGAGUUAUUCAUUACAUCAUUUGAUGUUAGGAUCAGCCAUAGGAUUGGUGUCCUUCAAAUCAAGAAUCUUAGAUCGUUAUUAUGCCUUGAAAUAUCAAAUCCAUACUGAAGAAUCGUGGGGAGAUAUCAUUCGAAAUUAUGUUUCUUAUGUUUCACAUACCACAAACUCCUAUGUUAAUUUUAUCUAUGCUCCUAAUUUGAUAUCGAUCUUAAUGAUUUCUGUAACGGCUCCCAUGUUAGCAUCUUUAAAUAAUCCAAACUUCCCUAUCAAACCGUUACAUUUACUGUAUACUAGCAAUUCAAAGAAUUUCUUUAAACUUUAUACUAAGAUAAUUGGAUUUAUUGCUGGUUUUAUAACCAUUUAUCUUAAUGAUAUCGAUUUAGUUCCUGAUUUUGGUUAUAAAAGUAGUAAACAAAUCGGAAAUGAAGUUGAUUCAGAAGUUGAAGGAGACAAUAUUAGAAAGAUAUCCAAAUCAUUUCUUAAUGCCCUUAACUUGUAUCUCUUCCGUUUAAUUUUGCUUUCUAAAUGGAGAAUCAUCAAAGAGAACCAUCCUUCUUUCAAAUUAUUGAAAUUAGCAACUUGGAGAAAGUUAGAAACUUUAGUGGCUUGUUAUGGUAUUUAUAAAAUCAUGAAUUUAAAUGAUUUUAUCAAACACAGUAAGAAUCAAGAAGAUUAUGCUCAUUUGAAGAAAGAUUAUUUGGUCAGAAUGGUUGAUAAGAUCAUGUAGUUCACCAACCAAUCCACCACCUUACUAUAUCUAUACU